CACACACAUAGACACACACAUUAGGAGGGCAUGAAGCAACCAGACUGACAGAGGAACCUUCCCCUGGAGGGACACAAGUAAAGACCUGUGAGACGAAGGACAGAAGACAGAGAGAGAGAGACAGAGAGAGAGAGAGAGAGAGAGCGAAGGAGAGAGAAUGCGAUCUGGAGCACAAACUAAAGAACUGAGACUCAACAUUAAAGCGUUCAGAGAAGACAGUGCUUCAUGCAGAAGACAUCACAUCAACAUUUCUGAGUGAAUUAGCAAAGGAAUGGAUAACUAACAUCAACAGAGGAAUGCAAGGACUCAGAGGAAAUCCGGAUCGCACCAGCUUUCUGCCCGUCCAUCACACAUGCCUGUUGUUCCUCACUUCCUUUCUCCAACUCACUUCAUCGUCUCAGUAGCCGGGAACAGACAGGAGCAGGUGGCACCAUGCCCACUCCGGUCAAGUCGUCUUUAGAUGGUGUGACAUGUGACUUGGGGGAGCUGGAGCAGGUGGAGCGGGCAGUCCCAGCAGGUUUGGGGAAAGUGCCCAGAGACUUGGUGAGAAACUUCCCACAUACUAAACGCGUGGGCAGCUACCUGGUGGGCAAAAUGAUCAACAAGGGCUCAUUUGCUAAGGUGAUGGAGGGUAUGCACAUCAGCACGGGUGAGAAGGUGGCCAUUAAAGUAAUCGAUAAGAAGAAGGCACGGCAAGAUGCAUACGUGUUGAAAAAUAUGAAACGUGAGCCGAGGAUCCACCAGAUGAUCCGUCACCCCAACAUCGUCCUUCUGCUGGAGACCCUGGAGACUGAGAACUGCUACUACAUGGCCAUGGAGCUGUGUGCCGGAGGAGACCUGAUGGACAGAAUCUGUGAACGCAAACGUCUGGAGGAGAGGGAGGUCCGCCGAUACACACGGCAGAUCCUGUCCGCUGUUGAUCAUUUGCAUACACACGGCAUAGUGCACAGGGAUCUGAAAAUUGAGAACUUUCUCCUGGAUGAACACAACAAUAUUAAGAUAGUGGACUUUGGUCUCAGUAACACUCUGAAGCUAGACUCUCUCUCCCCGGAGCUGUUAAACACUCAGUGUGGAAGUCCUGCAUACGCUGCCCCAGAGCUUCUUGCACACAGGAAGUAUGGCCCUAAAGUGGACGUAUGGUCUGUAGGUGUGAGUAUGUUUGCCAUGAUGACAGGUACUCUUCCCUUCACCGUAGAGCCAUUCAACAUAAAGCAACUUCAUCAAAAAAUGAUUAAUGGAGAAAUCAGCACAAUCCCAUCUGACAUUAGUAAAGGGGCGGUGCAGUUUGUUUUGUCUCUGCUGGAGCCGGACCCAUCGAAGAGGCUGAGUGUGAAAGCAGCACUUGAGGAGAGCUGGCUUAAUGAGGGCUACACCAAGAGACCCCUACACACAGUGGUCUAUAAGAACAGACUGCAUCCGGAAGAUCUCAACUCAGCUGUGUUAAACUACAUGACUGAGGAUCUUGGCUAUGGCAUCUCAGACAUCAUACACACAGUCAUCAACAACAAACCCUCUACCAUCUUAGCUACCUACCAACUCUUGCUAAAAAAACUGAGCAGGCAUCAGAAAGGAUCCAAGUCCAUUAAGAAGUUGGAAUCCAGUGAGUGGAACCUUCGAAAUAAGCCUGGGUGGAAUGAGAGGAGCAACACAUCAGAGAGGAGUCAGCAACAGAAGACUCAGAGUGAGACUAGCAAUGAGAGGAGCCAGAGGCAGUCAAGUAAGACACAGAAGAUCCCAUCACAAGACAGAGAUUCCCUGAGGAGGCCAGAGGAGGUGAUCACACAGAAGCAGUCAAGCUCAGAGCAAAGAGCAUCUACCCCUACCAAUCAGCCCACAGACGUCUUUAACAGCAAUGACACUGCAAUCAACAUGGAGACAAGAGAAAGCCUGUUUCCUGAAGUCCCAGUGCUCGGUGAGAGGGAAGUGGUUCAUGCGUUACCCCUCAAAUGCCCCUGCAAGGUAGGAAGCAGCUCAAAGCUAUGUAACUGCACUUCUUGUGAUGCUCCAAUAAUUUUGGAAAGUAAAAAAGACUCCAGCAAAGCACCGCCUAAAGAUCAUGACCUGAGACCAAUACAUUCUGAGAAUUGUUCAAGAGAGGAUCCUGUACACCGGCAUGACGACAAAUUGGAAAAGAUACAGAUGUUCUACUCUGAAAAAGCAGUAUCACCCAGAAUGCAUCUAGACAGUAAAGCAGGCCAGCGUUUUAAAGACCUCCUACUGGCCAUUGAGGAAAAGACCCAUACUGCCCGUCACCUGAGCACAAUGGAAUCCGCUUUGCAAACUGCCCCAUUACCGAGGUUACGUCACAGAACUAUCAAAGACAUCUCGCCAAGAAAAGUGGUUUGGGCGGGGCUUAAACAUCACACCGGGCCAUCCACAGGCUCCUCACCUUUUCUGGUAAAUGGUUCAAAACCACCAGUGUUUUUGUCCCAGAGGCAGCAGGCUCUGGUCAUCAAGAGUCUGAGGUACUCAAAGGAAAAGAGGAACACCGGACCAGGAGGAGGAAGGACAUUGGGCAUCCCAGAAAACACAGCAAAAACUCAGCACUUUGUGCCUUUACGGACUAGUCAGCGCAGGGACACAAACCUAAACCUACCCAUGCUCCAUUCCAACUUCCAGAGCAAGGAAAAGAAAACCGAAGUUCUCAGAUUGGACUUUGGUUGAAAGGGUGUAGAGAGAGGAAGUGACAGAGACAAUGUAAACCUAUAAUAAUUACAAUAAGAGCUAAGUCCAACUGCAGUAACUGAAAUAUAUAUUUAUACAACUUUCAAGGAAGGAUGUUUCUUGAACCUCACAAUGUAUAUCUUUUGUACAUUUGUACACUGAUUCUUUCAGUCCUGUGGGAUGCCCAUGCUUGCACCUCUUUCAGAUCUUCAGCUAUCUGUUAAACUCUUGUUGGCUACAUAGACAGCCUGAUGAGUUAUCAAGAGCUCUUAGCAGAUAGAUCUUUUAGAUCAGGGACAAAUUAAAACUGGGAGUGCAACAUUUCCCAGAACCAAACCUGCAAAUUACUGCACAAGUGAGUUUUUAAUACUUUUGGAAAUAUUGGGGUCAAACUUUUCAAAUGUGCUACAAUUUACCAGUCUCAAGCCCUGCCAUAUUUUUUGCCCCUUUCUUGAAUUUAAAGCUCUGGAUACAGUCAAAAUUGGACCAGUAUCCUGACUGAUAAGAGAUCUCCCAAAAUUUCCAAAAACAAAUACACAUAUUAGCUUUAGAUUUGUCUGUGAGUGGACACUACCAACAGCUAAAUAUGGACUCCAUAUCCAUAACCAAAAAAAGCUGCUAUUGAGCUAGUUUGGCUAAACAAUAAGUUAUGCCAAAUAUAUAAGUAGACACCUGUAAAAAAAACGAUUAAAUUAGUUAGCUAGCUUUGUUCACUUGAAGUGGUGCUAGUAUAUUGUCUGUGUUAUACAGAUUAUUCAGCAAAGACCACAUUAGCAAUGUAGUAGAUGAAGUAGCCAUGUCAGAAGCUUGGUAACCAAGCAUGGGCGGGGCUUGCGAUCAGUAAAUUUCCACUAAUUUUGUCAAUGAAAAACUGCAUCAAAAGUAAGCUGAUGAUCGGUGGUCUUAAACACUGCUGCAUCAUGAAAUGCACAGAUGCCAAAGUGAAAAACAGAAUGUACUAGGAACAUCCUAUUAGGGCAUAAGCUCAUUUGCUACGCUAAGUUUAUAAAGACAAGCAGUUAAAACCUCUCAUACCCCCUCUUCUCUUUCUCUCUCUUGCAAUCAUUUACCCUUAAGCCAAUGUAACUCUAUUUGAGCUUUAUUGUCUGCUCAGGGUCUGAUUGAUGCCCAUUGUGCUCUUAAGCCUGUAUCAUGUUGCUGUUUAUGAAUGAGCAUCGCUGAAUGAAAUCAAUCAGUCGUGCCAAAGGAUAACGUUCUAAUUGUUAUUCCAAGACCUUGGAUAAUAAACAAGAUUUGAAAUUAA